AUGAAUACUCUACUCAAAUCAAUAGCAGGGAAGUUCUCGACAGUUGCAUUACAUGCUGCCCUCCCUUUUACAGGGUAUAAAUACGAUGACAUCGACACUUCCAGAAGUUAUAGAUUGCGAUCUUUACUCUCUGAAAUUUGGGACAACAGAAUCGAUGAAGGAUUUCAUAUGGCUUAUGAAAACUUCAUUUAGGCACUCAGUGAGAAAGAUUACAAGUUCAUUUCAACUAUAGCUAAUGCAAAUCUAGAAAGAUCUCUAGAGAAAUAUAAUUUUCAAUUAUUGAACCUCCAGAAUGGAACUAAAGAUAUUGUCUACUCUGAUUUAACAUUAUCAAUUGGUGACACAUCAUAAUAGUGCGUAAAGAUGUCGGUUUUCGACUGUGUGAAUUUAGAUAUCUAUGGCAAUGAUAGUGAACGAUCCGAAAUUUAAAAUGUUACAUUUCGAGUUGAAUGCUACAUACUAUCCUAGUUCAUGCUACAUCCAACUCCCGAGGCCCAUUUCGAAUCCAUUUAUCACAGAGUGAUGUUUGAAUUGAAACUAACACAGGCUGCCAAGUCAAAUCCAGAUUUAAUUAAGGUCUUGUUGUUGAAUUCAAAGAAGAGAAUGAAAUACCUCCGAAACCAUUUUAUAGGUAAACAAUAUGAAUGGAGAAUUAUGGAAAUUGAUAAUUUAAAUGUGUGA